GUCACUUUUCAAAAUUCAAUUCGACGGGACCCCUCCUUCACGUUGCCCGAGUUUCCCAUUUGUUGUCUUCCAUCUCCUCGAAUCACCAUCCCAACCGUCAAACUGUCUCUAUUCCGAACCAUUCGCCCUCUUUCAAGAGGUGUCACCAAUAUAAGAAACUUUGCCAUGGCCGCUAUCGACGCUCAAAAGCUCUCCUCCACCGAGGAGACCGAGGUGCAACAAUGGAUCACCACGUCCGAGCGUCUCAGGAGCUCCCCUACCGAUACUUCCAUCCUCGAUAAGCUCAACACGCAUCUCACUUCCCGCACCACGCUUUUGGGUGUCAAGCCCUCCAAGGCCGACAUCGCCAUCUACGAAUCUCUAGCGCCCACUGUCAAGUCGUGGUCACCUGAGCAGCGCACCGGACAGCAAGGCCAUCCUCACAUCGUCCGACACCUCGACUUCGUGCAGAACUCGGGUGUUUUCGACCUCAAGGUCAGCGACGCCGAUAAGAUCAAGGUGGAUCCUGAGGAGGUCCUCUACGUCAAGCCACCCACGGAUGCCAAGGCCGAGAAGGAGCGUCUGAAGAAAGAGAAGGCUGCCGCCGCCGCCGCCGCUGCUGGUGGCGAGGCUACGCUGGUCGACCGUACAAAGGCUGCUGCUCAGGCUGUAGUGGAUAAGGCUGUAGAGGCUAAAGAUGCUGUAGCCGCGGCUGCUGGAGUCGGUGAGGCAAAGCCCAAGAAGGAGAAGAAGGAGAAAGCCCCCAAACCCCAAAAGGCACCUGCUGCUGCCUCACCUCCGGCGCCUCAUUUGAUCGACCUCAGAGUCGGACACAUUCUCAAGGCCAUCAAGCACCCCGAAGCCGACAGUCUAUAUGUAUCGACAAUUGCUAUGGGAGAUAAGCCUGGCACAGACGAUACCGAGGAAUACGAGGGACAAGUCUGCCGGACGGUGUGCUCCGGUCUGAACGGAUUGGUGCCUCUUGAGGAGAUGCAGGGACGCAAGGUCGUGGUCGUCGCAAACCUGAAGCCCGUCAAGAUGCGUGGUAUCAAGUCAUGCGCCAUGGUACUCGCCGCAUCACCAAAACUGAAGGAGGGCGAAGUAGAUGACCACAAGGGCCCCGUCGAGCUGGUCACGCCGCCUACCGACUCCAAGGCCGGUGACCGCGUAUGCUUUGACGGCUGGCGGGGCGAGCCCGAGGGCGUCCUCAACCCCAAGAAGAAGAUCUGGGAGACGUUCCAGCCGGGCUUCACGACGACUGAUAACCUUGAGGUUGCCUUUGACGGAAGUCUAGUUGAGGCUGCUGGCAAGGCCGAGACCGGCAAGUUGACAACGGCGAACGGCGGUACAUGCACUGUCAAGACGCUUAAGGGAGCUACUGUGCGAUAAAGAACAGAUUAUAGGAGUCAAGACAGGAAAGACCACAUGUGCAAGCACUUGGGCCCAUAUAGAACUGAAUAGAGCUGUAUACACGGCCAUUGAGACUUUUGUCUCUCUCAUCAACCUCCCCAUUGCGGGCUUAAUUGCUUCUAAUGUGACGCGUUACUAACAAUGAACCGGUUCAACCCCCACC